GUGGGAAAUCUGGACCUAUUGCCAAUGGCUGGCGAGCUGUGCUUGUAUUCCACAAAGGUGAUGAGAAGUACUUGCAAAAAGUAUACGGAAUGGUGAACUCUGCGACGAGCAAGAAUGUAUGUUUUGUCUGCCAGGCAACUACGGAUGGCGGAUCCCCGAACCUCUACACCCACCACGGGCCCUCGGCCCCACAUCGUCAAACGAUGUUCAGCACUGCCGACUUUAUCCGCUUCGGAUGUCGAGAUAACCCUUUCAUCCGCUAUCCCGGGUUCCAUGUGACAAUGAUAUGUGGGGACUGGCUCCAUGUGAUGGACCUGGCUGUGGUGCCUGAUGCAUGCGGCUCUGCACUUCUAGAGCUAUCGGAAAACUCUGUUGUUUGGCCUGGUUCAACUCAAGAUGAGCGGCUCCAGCACGCCUACACGUGCUUCGUGGCCGAAUGCAAGGCCAGCAAUGUCCGAGCCCAGCCUAUAUAUGUGCCAUCCAUGCAUGCUGUGCCUGCUCAUGGAGAUGCCUUCCCUUCGAUCGCACAGAAACACCUGAAUGGAGCAGAAGCCUUCAUCCUAGCGAAAUGGUUAAUGGGUGUGACACUUCGUGUCGCUCAUGCGAACCCCGGCGACAGGCAUGCAGCGCUACGUGCAGCUGUGUUUUGCAAUCUGGUGCACAUGAGAGAAGCAAUCUCGAUCGAGAAGCACGGAAAUCGCUUUGUGACUUUGUCGGAGCCGAACCUACGCAAAUUGCAGCAAGCGAACUUUUUGUUCCAUGCAGCUUUGAAUAGUUUGGCUUCAGAAGCCAUAGCAGCACGGCAGCUCCUUUGGAAGCUACGACCCAAGCUACACAAGUUACAGAGCUGCAAUAGAAAGUCGCAGCCUUUGAAACGCAUGGCCUUAAUCAAGUAUGUGUAG